UCCACGCCAAACUCGACCUUAUUGGUUACCAUUCACUAUCUUUUCUUCUAUCUGCGACCCCAUUGAGACUUGAUAGACUCUCACAGCUCCCAAAUUCCAAAGCAAAUUUUUCUCUUCUUGUUUUGUUUUCGUUUUUGGGGUGAAAUUUGCAAUCUCCAAGGACCAGUGUUCUUAUUAUUUUUCCAUUUUUUCAUCAAAUUCAUAGGGUUUUGAUUCUCUGCAACCAACCGUAUCACAGUUUGGAUUCGUCCACCUUCAGCAAGUGUUUGUGUUUAGGUUUAGGUUUAGGUUUCAUUUGAAACAAACGCAAAGGAUGUAUUCUGAUCGGGUGGAGACUGGAACUCGGAGGUCAGUGAAAGAGCGUCUUGAUGGGAAUUUCCUCACUGAUUCUACUCGCCAACACAAAGUCACCGGAAAGAGGCAGAGGCAAGACGACAAGUGGAAACAUGAUCUCUAUGACGAUGAUGAACACCAGCUCUAUAAUCGCAAGGUCACUGCUCAAGAUCUUCGAUUCAAGCUUCAAAAGAAAGGCCUGCAUCCUGGAGGUCAAACUGGAAAGAGUUCUUUUCCUGUUGAGAGGGAUCUCCGUGAAAGGCUAUCAGGGACAAUGACUCCACAACCUAAAAACUAUGACCCACCAAAGCCUAAAGCCAGUGCUAAACCAAGCAGUAAAAGUAUCGAUGUUGAGACUCCUUCAGUACAUAUCAAAAGAUCAGCUAACCCAACUCCUAAAAAGGUGUCUCGAAAGGCUGACGCUUCACUGGAUGAAUUUUUGCUGUCACUGGGUCUCGAAAAGUAUCUCAUAAGUUUUCAGGCUGAAGAAGUUGAUAUGACUGCACUUAAUCAUAUGACUGAUGAGGAUCUCAAGGCCAUGGGUAUACCAAUGGGACCAAGAAAGAAGAUACUUUUAGCCUUGGAGGCAAAAGGCUGACAUUUUGGUCAUCUGGCUGGACAUACCUGAUUUGAUGGGUGAUGAUGGUGGUGGAUGCUUAGACUAAAACAAAGUUUGCCUGUAUUGAUAGUUUUUUCCUUUUAUACUUUUAAACCAAGCAUGCUUUUCCUUUUUAAUGUAAUCUCUUUAUGAUUUUGAGUGUCCAUACAACUUUAGUGUUUGUAAAUUCGUGAGAAGGAAAAAAAAAGAACUAGCUUGCGAACUUUGCUUCUCUCCUAAAA